AUGCCGGACGACAAGAAGAAGGACGACAAGAAAGCCGAGUCUGCGGAGUCGAAGUCCAAGACUUUGCUUCCGCACAAUAAGCUUGCAGAUGCUGCUGCGGCAUCGAUCCAUCACACAUCGAAGUCUGUUGUAGCAACCCGCGACUUGGAAGAGGCUAUUGAAGUAUGCAGGAAGAAGGUGGAGAAAAUUGCGAAAGAAUGCCGUAUGGCGAACAGGAAAUAUCGGGAUCUUCACUUUGAUUUGAAGAGGGAUGGUAGAUACUGUCUAGACGGCUUGCUUCCUGAGCACAGGUCAGAGUUGAAUCCUGAGGGUACUUUGAGAGUUGCGGAUGUCUUCGAAGAUCCAAAGUUUUUCAAAGAUGGUGUUAGCGCAGGAGAUAUUAGACAAGGAGCUACUGGAGACUGUUGGCUAUUAGCUGCGGUUGCAACUAUCAGUAACGUGCCAGGUCUUAUUGAGAAGAUUUGUGUUGCCCGAGAUGAAGCUGUUGGGAUAUAUGGAUUUAUUUUCAUGCGCGAUGGCGAGUGGAUUUCCACAAUUGUUGACGACCAGCUCUACACAAACAGGCCAGAAUAUCAGGAUGCCGAUAGCUAUACCCAGGCUGUGUGGUCCGGGAAAGAAGAUGUGUACGAGAAGACCUUCAUGAAAGGCUCCAAUGCGUUGGUGUACGCUAGUUGCCAGGACCCUAACGAAACUUGGCUACCACUGCUGGAGAAGGCCUACGCAAAGGCCCAUGGUGACUAUGGUGCAGUAGAAGGUGGAUGGUCUGGCGAGGCCAUUGAAGACCUGACCGGAGGUGUGACGAUUGAAUUCGACACAUGUGAUCUUCUAGAUCGUGAUCGCUUUUGGAAAGAGGACUUGACGCUUGCAAAUAAGGAUUACCUGUUUUCUGGGUACCUCAUGGGCACAGUUGAUCGUUCCGGUAUCCUGGCAGGACAUGCUUACUCAGUUCUCAAAGCCGUCGAAGUUAACGGCCAGCGAUUGGUACUGGUUAGAAAUCCCUGGGGCUGUACUGAAUGGACCGGACCAUGGAGCGACGGAUCGAAAGAAUGGACUCCUGAAUGGAUGAAGCAAUUGGACCAUCGUUUUGGAAACGAUGGUUCAUUUUGGAUGUCUUACAAGGAUUUCCUCUAUAAAUUUGAUCACAUCGACCAAACACGCCUUUUCGACCCGUCCUGGACAGUGACUUCCAGUUGGAUAAAGAUUCCAGUGCCAUGGGCCCAGGUGUACAGUCCCACUAGGUUCGAAGUUACCAUCAAGAAGAAGGGCCCUGUGGUUUUUGUUCUUUCGCAGCUUGAUGAACGUUAUUUCAGAGGCUUGGAAGGCCAGUACGACUUCAAAAUCCACUUCCGAGUCCAUAAAAAGGGAGAGAAAGAGUACAUCACUCGUUCUCGACCCAAUAUCCAUAAGACCAGAAGUGUCAGCGCAGAGCUGGAGCUCGAGCCAGGGAGGUACACGGUCCUAUUUAUGGUUACUGCCACAAAGACACACCGUAAAACAACUCAAGAGGUGAUCAAGGAGACCUGCAAGACCAACAGAAUGAAGUUCUUGCAGAUUGGAAUGUCAUAUGAUUUGGCUCAUGCGAAAGCUGCAGUUGAUCCCAAAGAUAAGAAGGGCGUUGAGGAGGCGGAGGCAUCACAAAAAACGAAGAAAACACCAGAGGUAGCGCAAGAUGAUGGCGAGGGUGUAGGUGAUGUGCCAGGUGAGGGUGCAGGUAUAGGUCACUCCCGGAAAAAGUCACGCGGUGUGCGCGGGGGUAGAGGUGGAGUUCGUGGUGAGGCCAAGGUAAAGGAGGAGAAAGACGAGUGCGAUGAAAAAGAAGAGAAGAAAGACAAAAAAGUCAAGGACAAGAAGGAGAAGAAGGAAGACGACGAGGAAAAGGAAGAAAAGAAGGAUAAAAAGGAUAAGAAAGACAAGAAGGGCAAAAAGGACAAAAAGGAUAAAAAGGACAAGUCUGAAAAGUCUGAAAAGUCUGAAAAAUCGGACAAGAAAGACAAAAAGGUGAAGAAGGAGAAGAAGGACGACGAUAAGUCUGGGUCUGGCUCUGAAUCUGGUUCCGAAUCUGGCUCCGAGUCGUCGUCCUCAGGCUCUUCUGAUUCUUCUUCAUCGUCCUCAUCGUCAGGAUCAUCCUCUUCUUCUUCCUCGUCUUCGUCUAGUUCGUCAGGGUCCUCGUCUGGCUCUUCAUCUGGUUCUGGAUCUGAAUCUGAGACCGAGGAAGCUCCAGCCGAAGCGCCAGUACCGACCGACGCCCAACCCCCCACGGAUGAGGACACUUGGGAUCCUAUUGCUUGUAUUGGUCUUCGCGUUUACUCACAAGACAAAGACACAACUGUAAAGGUUGUUCAUGUUGAGAGUGCCGAUGCUCUCGACCUCGACGACACUUCUCGAGAUGCAGCAGAGGAGUCAUCGGACGAAUCGGACAAGAAAGACAAGAAGAAAAAGGACAAGAAGGACAAGAAGAAGAAGGAUAAGAAGGAGAAGGUCAAGGAUAAGAAAAAGAAGAAGAAGAAGGGUAAGAAAGAAAAGGAUGAAGGAGGAGAGAAGGAAGAGAAGGAAGAGAAGGAAGAGAAGGAAGAGAAGGAAGAGAAGGAAGAGAAGAAGGAUAAGAAGGACAAAAAGGGUAAGAAGGACAAGAAGGACAAGAAGGACAAGAAGGACAAGAAGGACAAGAAGGAUAAAAAAGAUAAAAAGAACGAGAAGGAAGAGAAAGAAGAGGGCGAGAAGGUUAAGGUAGAGAAGGAUGAAGUAGACGCGGCCGUAGAAGACGCGAAAAAGGAUGUAGUUGAAGAAAACGUAGCGAAGGACGCGGUUGUAGAGGACAAAAAAGAGGUUGUCGAAGAAGGAGUGAAGGAACAGGAGGAAAAGAAAACUUUUGCUGAGGCAGCUACAUAG